AUUUUGAUUUUUUGAGGUUAUUUUUGGUUAAUAAACAAAACAAAUAUUUUCUAUUGGAAUGAUUGAUACUUCAUAAAAAGCUGUAUUAAAUUAUAUUUUAAACUUACAUUACUUGCAAUUGAGCUAUUAUUUACAGCAGUAUUUGGUCUAAUCAUAGAAAUAUGUCGCAUCAACUCGGUCGGGUGGUUUCUCAAGUUCUACAUCGAUAUUUUGGCGAAAUUGUGCAAAAUGUCGGCCACGAUCUAUUUAUAUAUGGAAGUAAACCCAUUAAUAUGAUUGUGAAGACGACGGGGCUUCCUCGAACUCAGGUUAUAGACAGCUUGAGGACCUUACUGAAGUUUGAUUUAGCUACUUUUGAGGGCACGGAUGUGAUAGUUGAUUACAAACUAUUGCCUGAAAAUAUACUGCUACUCAUAAGAUAUCCAAGGUACCUGCUGCAAAUGAAGAGCAAGUAUGGCAGCGAGGCGGAGAUGCUGGUAGAGGAGUUGCUGCAGCAGGCCAGCUGCUCCGCCACCACUCUGCUGGUCACCGUCAUGAACAAAUACAAAGAUGACAAAGAAAAGAAUCUAAACUUGAUGAAUCUCAAGGACACGUUCAUAAGCCUGGUCACAGCGGGCUACAUACAGCAGGCGCCGCUGGCAGAGCUGCGGGAAGGCAGCGAGGUGCCCACGCUCGUGGCAGCCGAGACCAAAGCCCCCGAGCUGGACAUGAGGGAGCUCAUGCAGGCUGUGGCCAGCAACCUGGCUGAUGUGAAGGAUAAUGUGUACUGGAAAGUGAACUAUGACAGAUUUCACCUGGACUUUCGGGAUGAUGUUAUGAUAAAAGCUAUCACGAGGCGAAUUGAUGAAAACGCGGGUGAAUUAAUGCGUCUGAUGCUGGAGCAAAUGUAUUUGACGUCGUCUCCUUGGGCGGCCGAGUCCACGCCCGUGCCCGCGAUCGACCUGCGCGAGCACGCGCGGCGCCUCGCCGACAAACCGCUGCUGCAGCAACACAUCGACCAGUACCUUCGAGUUAUCGAGGAGAACGGCGCGGGUUUCGUGCGUCGGUGCGGCGACGCGGGCGGCGGGCAGUACGCCGUGUGCGCGCGGGGAGCGGCCGACCAGCUGCUGGAGGCGCUGCUGGACCACACCGUCACCGAGCGACUCGGAUCCAAGGCGCACAGGAUAUUUAGGUUAAUUCGUUCCAAGAAAUACAUAGAAGAGGAGGAUAUACAGAAGAAUGCAAUGUUACCCAACAAAGAGUGCAAAGAAUUGACUUACAAACUACUAGAAGAACAUUUUAUUAGCGUACAGCCAAUGAGAAAAGCGGCCUCUGCUGGCGGAACGGCGAAAGCUAUUUAUUUAUACCACGUUAAGAUUUAUGAGGUAGCACACACAGUACGCGAGAUGUGUUACCGCGCGCUACACAACAUCAUCUCGGUGGGCGCACACGUGCGACAGUCGCACGCGCGACUCUUGGACAAGCAACGCCGCGUGCGCUCCAUAGUGCACGGGAUGAGGAUGCGCGGUGAACCACAGCAGAAUAUUGAUGAUGUGCUGGAGACGCUGACGCCGCCGGAGCUGGCGGCGGUGAGCGCGGCGGAGGCGAGGCUGCGCACGCUGGCCGCGGCCGAGAUAGAGCUGGACCGAGCGCUGUUCCUUCUCUCCUGCUAUUUCGCCUACCCACGGUAGCGAGUGCCAUGCAAUGUAUGUUUCGCGACAGAUCAAGAUGGUAAUCGGAGUAUGAGGCCAGGGGACGCCUCGCACUAACCCGGUGCGGGCGACGUGCGGUUGUGCGGAGCGUCCCCCGCCUCAUACCCCGAUUGGCAUCUCGACCUGUCGCGAACUAUACAUAGACCGAUGAGUCAUGGACUUACCUACUAUUCAAACAAAGGCUAAAGCGCGCGUCAAGAUGUAAUAUGCCAGUGGCGUGGAGGCCAUAGAGGCAUGAAAGCACUGCUUACCUCAGGAGAACUAGCUCAUUGUUCAUUAAUCCAAUAAAUAGGUGCCUACCUAAAUAAUGCUUACUCUAGCUUCAAAUCUUGUGCUGGUAAUAGCGUAGAAGAUGAAAGCCGCGCCGCAUUGAUAGAAGACCCGUGCUCAAUAGUGGACUGGCGAUGGGUUGAGAUUUUAUGAUUAUUAUUAUGUAUAUUUUCCUUUUUAGG